AUGCCGCGCACUUAUUCCACAAGGCAGGCAGCCCGAGGCCUGCAACAGCAGCAGCAACCGGGCAUCCAGAGCUUCGCAAGAGCAACUAAGCCCGGCGUUGUAGCUCCUUCCUCCUUAUCGGAUAUUAAGAAGCCCGCUACGACAACGACGACAAAUGUCCCGGUCACGCCUUCCAAGAAACGCAAGUUGGUCGAGCUCGAAAACGUCGACUGCCGGGGCCCUCAAGGAGUGGAAAGCACGGAUGCAGUCACACCUUCCAAGUCUCUUCGAUUGGGAGAAUUGACCUUGAAUACGCCUAGAAGUGGACAUUAUGCACGGUCUUCGGUGUCAGUGAGGAGGAGCGGCUCGGCUGCUACUGCUGUUCCUGAGCAGCCGCCGAGUACUCCCUCGAAGCGCGCAGGUGCUAGGAAGACAACCACAAAGCCAGCUCCUGUGAAUCGUCGUGCAGCAUGUGUGGAGGAUCUCGUAAACCUGCAUGGAGCGUUCCUGAAGGCUGUUGCGCUUCAUGCUAUGCACAAUGGUGUUACUGCCCCUGCCGACCUGAGAGAACUGCUCCCUACCAUUGAACGACUUUGGAAGAAGCGGAAGGUGGUAAUUAAGGAUCUGCAACGACUCAUUUGGAUUCUGGACCAGGAGCCAUCAUCGACAGCGUUUCCCGCAUAUCGGAUCGCGAAUUAUGGGCUGGGAAGGGUGUGCUUGGAGCGAAUUGUACGGGAUGGCGAGGAGCGGACGAGCGAGAACGAAUUGCAGGAGCGGUUUGAGCAGAGCGUAGAUCUGCUCUGGGAGAAGGCAUUGGAUGCAGUGGACGGAGACGAAUCGAGGGUGGACUUCGUCAACACGCUGGGCGUUGCGACGAUCCAAGAGUCGUUGACACCGUUCACCACGUUCCGGAAGGGACAGCAACGGUUGCAGGACUUGAGGGGCGGAGUGAUUCGACUGAAGACGGAGAAGUUACGUGCGGAUGGGAAGGAAGAUGUGCCAGAGAAACCGAUCGAUGCGGCAAGUACGCGCCGGAAGGGACUGCUGGAGCGCAUAAAGGAUAAGCAGCUGCGACAGGCGACAUUGCCGCCGCCGCCGUCGAAGGAGGAGCUGCUAAGGAGGGCAGCUGCGGAGCGCGUGGAGGAGGUCGCGGGGGUUUUGGCGCUGCUCAGACCUGCUGGGUAUGUCGGGACCGGAGCGAAGGCCGUGAUGGCUGCGCAGCGGACGCCGUUCCGGAUCGAGAUGAUUGCGCAGCACGUCCGGGAUUCUGUGCGGAGUCCGAUUUCCCAGCAGGAGGUGGAGAUUUGUUUGGAGAUUCUGGCCCGGGAGGAUGUUGCCGGGGGGUGGGUGAAUCUCGUCACGGUGAAUCAGAUGAAGUCUGUGGUUCUUAAGUCAUGUGCGGAUGUCCAGCCUAAGGAGAUUGGAGCCAAGGUGACCCAGUUGAAGCUUGGCUGGGAAGGGUCUGAGGCGCAGAAGACUGUUGCUUCUGCUGCUUGA